CCGGCCGCUGCCGCCCGUAGCUCGCUCCCCAGGUGCCGGGGAGCCGCGGGCCGUGAACGUGCCGGCAACUUUGCGGCCUCCGGGGGCGCGGCUCCUCCGGGCGCGUGUACGAGUGUGUCUGUCGCCGGCGGCCUCCUGGGGGCAGCAGCGGAAAGGGGGUCGGGGGAGAAAGAGGCAGCCUCGGCGCACGGUGGCCCAGGAGGCAGAGGCCCCGCGAGGCGCCGGCGGUGGAGACCUAAACUCCGCCGGGGCUGUGCCCAGGACGCGUUCUUACGGUGCGGCAGCCGCCCUUGCGGUCGGCGCCCGGGACUUGCUUUAGGAUCGCGAUUCCUCUUGCCUGCCCGGGGCAGUAGCAACCGUGUGUGCCGACGGAGGAGCGGCAGUAGCAUCCCCAGCCCGGGCGGGACCCCCGAGCGCCGGAGCCGGCGGCUGGAGCAGGAAGGGAGAGUCGCGGCGCCCGCCCUCCCCGGCUGGCCCUGCCCCGCGCGCCCCGUGCGGGUUGCUAACAAUGGUGCGGAGCGCCGGCGCGAUUCCCGCGUCCGCCCAGCGGUCGUAGAGGAAGUGGACGGGCUCCGGGUGGGGUGGGAGGGAGACGCCCCCCACCGCUCGCUUGCUGGAGUUUGCCGGCGCGCCGGGCCUCUCCGGCCCCGAACCCUAGGCUCCCCUCAGCAUCACCGACGGCAGCUCGAUCCGGAGAGUAUGGUGCCAGCGCCCGGGUUAAUCUAGUCCUCGGCUCGCUCCUUUUUUUCCUCCUCCUCCUCCUCUCCCUCCCCCUUUCCCUCCUGUCGGUGCUGCCUCUGGGUUCCCGGCGUGUGGGAGUACAACUCUCUGCCUCUCCGAGGAGACUGGUCGGUGACCCUCUAACAGAACUUGCCCGCUGAAAGCAAACCCAGAACAGCUGGAUAAUGUCCACUCCGAGCAGAUUCAAAAAGGACAAAGAGAUCAUAGCCGAGUAUGAAAGUCAAGUCAAAGAAAUUCGAGCUCAACUGGUAGAACAACAGAAAUGCCUGGAGCAGCAAACAGAGAUGCGAGUUCAGCUUCUGCAGGACCUGCAAGAUUUCUUUCGGAAAAAAGCCGAAAUUGAGACGGAAUAUUCUCGGAACCUAGAAAAGUUAGCAGAAAGGUUCAUGGCAAAAACAAGAAGCACUAAGGAUCAUCAACAGUACAAGAAAGACCAGAACUUGUUGUCUCCAGUGAACUGCUGGUAUUUGCUCCUGAACCAAGUGAGACGAGAAAGCAAAGACCACGCAACCUUGAGUGACAUCUAUCUGAACAAUGUGAUUAUGCGUUUCAUGCAGAUAAGUGAGGAUUCCACCAGGAUGUUUAAAAAGAGCAAAGAGAUUGCAUUCCAACUUCAUGAGGACUUAAUGAAGGUUCUUAACGAGCUCUAUACGGUGAUGAAAACAUACCAUAUGUAUCAUGCAGAGAGCAUCAGCGCAGAGAGCAAGCUGAAAGAGGCUGAGAAACAAGAAGAGAAGCAAAUUGGCAGAUCCAGUGACCCAGUCUUUCAUAUUAGACUGGAAGAGAGACAUCAGCGGCGAAGCUCUGUGAAGAAAAUUGAAAAAAUGAAGGAAAAAAGACAAGCAAAGUAUUCGGAAAACAAGCUAAAGUCGAUUAAGGCACGGAAUGAAUAUCUCCUAACCCUUGAAGCAACCAAUGCCUCAGUUUUCAAGUAUUAUAUUCAUGAUCUUUCAGAUUUAAUUGAUUGCUGUGAUCUUGGCUACCAUGCAAGUCUAAACAGAGCCCUGAGAACAUAUCUCUCUGCGGAGUAUAACCUUGAAACCUCCAGACACGAAGGCUUGGACAUUAUUGAGAAUGCAGUUGACAAUUUGGAGCCCAGGAGUGAUAAGCAGAGAUUCAUGGAGAUGUACCCUGCUGCGUUCUGUCCACCAAUGAAGUUUGAGUUUCAGUCUCACAUGGGUGAUGAGGUGUGUCAGGUCAGCGCGCAGCAGCCGGUCCAGGCAGAGCUUAUGCUCAGGUACCAGCAGCUGCAGUCCCGACUGGCCACGCUCAAGAUUGAGAACGAGGAGGUUAAGAAAACGACUGAGGCCACCUUGCAGACGAUACAAGAUAUGGUCACCAUCGAGGACUACGAUGUUUCUGAAUGCUUCCAGCACAGUCGUUCCACAGAGUCUGUGAAGUCUACUGUCUCUGAAACCUACCUGAGUAAGCCCAGUAUCGCCAAGAGAAGAGCCAACCAGCAGGAGACCGAGCAGUUCUACUUCAUGAAACUCAGAGAAUAUUUGGAGGGUAGUAAUCUCAUCACAAAACUUCAAGCCAAGCAUGAUUUGUUGCAGAGGACCCUUGGAGAAGGUCAUAGAGCUGAAUAUAUGACUACAAGGCCUCCAAAUGUUCCCCCUAAGCCCCAGAAACACAGGAAGUCCAGACCCCGCUCACAGUAUAAUGCUAAGUUGUUUAAUGGGGAUUUGGAAACAUUCAUCAAGGACUCAGGACAGAUCAUCCCCCUCAUUGUGGAAAGCUGUAUUCGGUUCAUCAAUCUCUAUGGUCUUCAGCAUCAGGGGAUUUUCAGAGUGUCUGGUUCCCAGGUGGAAGUCAAUGAUAUUAAAAAUUCAUUUGAGAGAGGUGAAAACCCUUUGGCUGACGAGCAGAGUAACCAUGAUAUUAACUCAGUUGCUGGCGUUCUAAAGCUCUACUUCCGUGGGCUGGAAAACCCCCUCUUUCCUAAGGAAAGAUUUAAUGAUCUGAUUUCUUGUGUCAGAAUAGAUAAUCUCUAUGAGAGGGCGCUUCACAUCCGCAAACUCCUCCUGACCUUGCCCAGGUCGGUCCUUAUAGUGAUGAGGUACCUCUUUGCCUUCCUCAAUCAUCUUUCACAGUACAGUGACGAGAACAUGAUGGACCCUUAUAACCUGGCCAUUUGCUUUGGACCCACGUUGAUGCCUGUCCCAGAAAUACAGGAUCAAGUGUCCUGCCAGGCUCACGUGAAUGAGAUUGUCAAAACCAUCAUCAUCCACCAUGAGACUAUUUUCCCAGAUGCUAAAGAGCUGGAUGGCCCUGUUUAUGAGAAAUGUAUGGCUGGAGAUGACUAUUGCGACAGCCCAUACAGUGAGCACGGUACAUUGGAGGAAGUGGAUCAGGACGCUGGUACAGAGCCCCACACCAGUGAAGACGAAAAUGAGCCUAUAGAAGCAAUAGCCAAGUUUGACUAUGUUGGGCGGUCUGCCAGAGAACUGUCCUUCAAGAAGGGUGCUUCCCUGCUGCUGUAUCACCGCGCAUCUGAGGACUGGUGGGAAGGAAGACACAACGGGAUCGACGGGCUUGUACCCCACCAGUACAUAGUGGUGCAGGACAUGGAUGAUACGUUUUCAGACACUCUGAGCCAAAAAGCCGACAGUGAGGCCAGCAGUGGGCCAGUGACUGAAGACAAGUCUUCAUCCAAGGACAUGAACUCCCCAACAGACCGUCAUCCUGAUGGCUAUUUAGCCAGGCAAAGAAAAAGAGGAGAGCCACCCCCUCCAGUAAGACGUCCUGGCAGGACCAGUGAUGGCCAUUGCCCUCUCCAUCCCCCACAUGGUCUUUCCAACUCCUCAAUUGACCUGGGGUCCCCAAGCCUGGGCAGUCACCCCCGGGGCCUGCUACAGAACCGUGGCCUCAAUAAUGACAGUCCCGAGAGGAGGCGUCGGCCGGGUCACGGCAGCUUGACCAACAUCAGCCGCCACGACUCCCUCAAGAAGAUUGACAGCCCUCCUAUUAGAAGGUCCACAUCGUCAGGGCAAUACACAGGCUUCAACGACCACAAGCCACUGGACCCAGAGACAAUCGCUCAGGAUAUUGAAGAGACGAUGAACACUGCUUUGAAUGAACUCCGAGAACUGGAGAGACAGAGUACAGCAAAGCACGCCCCCGAUGUGGUGCUGGAUACCUUAGAACAAGUGAAAAACUCUCCCACCCCUGCCACGUCCACGGAAUCUCUCAGCCCUUUGCACAACGUUGCCCUCAGGAGCUCGGAGCCUCAGAUUCGACGUAGCACUAGCUCCUCCAGUGACACAAUGAGUACUUUCAAGCCUAUGGUGGCGCCCAGAAUGGGCGUGCAGCUGAAGCCCCCAGCCCUUCGGCCGAAACCUGCUGUUCUUCCAAAAACAAACCCUACAGUAGGGCCCACCCCACCUUCCCAGGGUCCAGCAGACAAGUCUUGCACAAUGUAAAAACCAACUGAGCGAGCAUACGGGGAGGUGAUU